UCAUUAGAUUUUGCAUUUUGGUUCACGAAAUAAUUUUGGAAGAAAUUAGAACUAUGUUUGGUCUGAUAAUGGCAGCGAUAGUCUUCGUUACAUAUAUUUAUCUGAAAUCAUAUAUUGAUAAUUAUCAAGAGUAGCAACUGUGAUACCUCGACAAGCGUUGUAAAACUAUACUUGCAUUGUGCCUGUACAUCUGUGUAAUGUUUAUAUGGAAUAAUUCUGGUAUUUACUGUGUUUUAAAAUGCGGUGUUGUGCGCCCGGUUGUAAGAAUGACUCCAGAGUCAUUUCUAAGUCGAAAGGGAUCACAUUUCAUGUAUUCCCGAGUGUGCCGUCCCUCAAAACGAAAUGGGUUGAGGCCAUUGGGAAAGACUCGUGGAAGCCACAGAAGAGGAGUUCGUUGUGUUCGGAACACUUCCUCCCCGAAGACUUGUACGAGACUAAGAACGGCAUGAGGAAGGUGCGGUUUGGAGCACUGCCUAUAGUUAUACAGGACCCUGAUAGCGAGGACGAUGAUCCAGAUGCCUUACAGGUAUGCAGAAUAUGCUUAGCAGUGGAUUGCAAGAUGUUUUCUAUAAGAAAAUUCAAGUUGGAACAAUCGUUUGAAAACUUGACUGGAUCUGAGGUCAACAGAGAAGACAAGCUCCCUCAAAAACUGUGCUACAUUUGCUUUCGACGGCUUGUCAACUGUGCGCGACUCAGAGCACAGAGUCUGAAGGCUGAGUGUCUUAUGAUGGAGAUUAUGAGGAAACAGGACCUCACAUACGAAAACAUAAAAGCGAUUAACCGCGAAAAAAACUUGCUCACACCGAAUCUAGCUCCAAAACACUUUGAAUCCAACCACUACGAUUUAUUCCUUGAAGACGAUAGAACUAAAGAAAUCAAUUUCGACAGUACAUUCAGCAACGAAGUGUUUUUGGAAGAGUUUGACGCAAGAAUGGAGGCAGAUAUGAACGAUUCCGUCGAUGGAUAUUCUUCAGAUGAUUCUCUACCUCUAGAAGUUAGUAAGAGAAAGAAAGAGAUGGAAGAAUCUGAAAAGAUGAAGGCAGGUGAUGUUGAUAAACGUAAAGGUGAUGAGCUGAAAUGCUUGGUUUGCGCGCAGAGUUUUAAAGAAGAGUUUGACUAUUACAGCCAUGUAGCGAACCAUACUGAACACCCAGUGGUCGUCACCGAAAACCAAAUAACCAUAGAGUUCGACAGAAAGUACUACGAGCCAAACGUCGAAGAAAACGACACAAAAGAUGACGAAUUAGAAGAACUAUCACUCGUCAUAGACACAGAACGUAAAGGCGAUGACGAGCUAAAACUAGAACAGAUAUUAGACGACUAUGUAGCGUCAGAAAAAGACUAUUCUAGUGACGAUAGCACGCUCCAAGAAGUAAAGAAGAAGAAAGAACAAAAAAAACUCAAGAAAAAACCGCAAAAAAAUAAAGAACCUAAAAUUGAUAGGCGAAGAAAACCGUUUUUGAGUGACGAUUUGAACGAAACGCUGUUUACAAUAAUAGAUUUGACUUAUGAAGAGCAAGUGGCUGAAAUUGAGAAAAGGCAAGAGAGUUCGAACUUCAAGAACGCUGUGUUUAAGUGUAUGGAGUGUUACAAGGGUUUUUUAGACGAAGAUGCGUACAAUUCUCAUAUGCUGAGGCAUACGGAUGAAUGCGGCGUACACCGGUGCGAUGUAUGUAAGACCCAUUUCAGACAUCCACACGCUCUCAGAAAGCACAUAACAGCCCACCACACACAGAGAUUCAGCUGCAAGCAGUGUCCUUACGUGACGGCGCACAGACAAUCCGCUCGGUUGCACGAGCGCUGGCACAAAGGAACUAAAUACGCCUGCCCGCACUGCCCGGACGAAUUCCUUAAGUUCACAACCUACAUGGGUCACAUUCGCAUCAAGCAUCCAUCUGACUUCGUCUGCCAACUAUGCGGGUAUUCAUUCGUCAGCGAAAAAGGGAUAGCACUGCACAAGAAACUGAAGCACCGGCAGGAGAAUGCGCAGAUACCAGAAGAUGGUCCGACCUGCGAUCUCUGCAAUAUUCGCUUCGUGGACACAGACGCGUACAAACGGCACAUCAGCGUGUCAGCGAGGCACAACCCUGUCGAUAAGGGGUCAAGAGAACCAAACAAGCCACCCAACGGGAGAAAAUCGAGAGAGACCAAAGAGAGAGAGAGGAGAGCCAAGGAUAGGAGAGAGAAGGACGAAGAUAAGCUCUAUCCCAGUCAGAUGCGGAAAGCGGAGGGGCCUAUACCAUGCGAGCAGUGCGGCGUCCAGCUUGAAGACUCGCGCGCUUACCACGGUCACUUCAGACGGAUGCACCCCGACAAGAAUCGAACCAAGUACCCGUCUAUGAAGUCGCCCUGCAUGUGCGAACUCUGCGGGAGAAUGUUCCAGAGUUACGCUCUCCUAAAAGACCACCGCUGGACGCACACCGGCGAACGUCCGUUCAAAUGCGACUCCUGCGACAAGUCGUUCCGGAUGAAACAGCGACUAGUCGCGCACAGGCGCGUGCACAGCGCCCACAAGCCGUCUUACGUGUGCGGCGCUUGCGGGAAGCAGUUUAGCACGCAUAGCAACCGGCAGCGGCAUAUGUUU